CUCACAUGCUUAGCUAGUCUGCCACAAGCUGGCCCCUUGGCCUCCUAGAGACCCAGACAUCUCCAUCAGCAGCAUCCAUCCUCUCUCCUCAGGGAGGCAUGCAUUUGAUGCUCGAGGUCCCUGGCAGUUGUGAUCCUUAGCAAGUGAUAUCUGAGUCCCGUGUGUCAUAGGAAGCUCCCCAUCCCCAUCUGGUGACCAAAGGCCUGGCUACAAGUAGUGAGUCCUCCCUCCUCCACCCAGACCUCACUGCUCAGAUCCCCUUCGCCAACUGGGACAUCUUCCGACAUGGCCUGGAUGCUGUUGCUCAUCUUGAUCAUGGUCUAUCCAGGAUCCUGUGCUCCCUGGGUGUCCCAGCCCCCUGAGAUUCGUACCCUGGAAGGAUCCUCUGCCUUCCUGCCCUGCUCCUUCAAUGCCAGCCAAGGGAGACUGGCCAUUGGCUCCGUCACAUGGUUCCGAGAUGAGGUGGCUCCAGGGAAGGAGGUGAGGAAUGGAACCCCAGAGUUCAGGGGCCGCCUGGCCCCACUUUCUUCUUCCCGUUUCCUCCGUGACCACCAGGCUGAGCUGCAUAUCUGGGACGUGCGAGGCCAUGACGCCGGCAUCUACGUGUGCAGGGUGGAGGUGCUGGGCCUGGGUGUCGGGACAGGGAAUGGGACUCGGCUGGUGGUGGAGAAAGGUGAGAUGCUGGGAGGUGGUGUCUCCUCCUGGCUGGAGACCCCAAGAGGCAAUGUCCUUGGGAGUCAGGGAUGCUCCUCUGAGGCCCCUACCCUCCCUGAGCCUGUGUGCACUUCUUCCCCAACCCCCUUCUCCAUUGCCCCAUGCAGAACAUCCUCAGCUAGGGGCUGGUACAGUCCUCCUCCUUCGGGCUGGAUUCUAUGCUGUCAGCUUUCUCUCUGUGGCCGUGGGCAGCACCCUCUAUUACCAGGGAAAAUGUCACUGUCACAUGGGAACACACUGCCACUCCUGAGAUGGCCCCUGAGGAGUGAUUCCAGAGCCCAGAGGUCCCUAGUCCUCUUCAAAAGACCCCAAUAAAUCACUGUCUGCCCCACCACUAACUCCUCCUUAUGAGUCUCAAGUGUUUUCUUCUCCAUUCUCCAGAUGCCAAAUCUACUCUCUCCGGAUUCCCCCCAGCUCUGAACUCUCCCUUCCACCAGGUCUGACCUGGAAAGGUCCAAGAAGGCAGUUUCCGGCUGUGGUCCCAGGGCCCCUCCCACCACCAUGUGGGAGCUCAGCACACCUGCUUCCCCCAGUCCCAGGAGGCUGAGCCUGAUUGUCUUGAGAAAUGGGAAGGAUCAGAUAUGACUCCUCCUUGGCAACUGCCCUUUCCUGCCAGGCCCACACAUACCCUCCUCUGGCUGUCAGGGGAGCUUGGGUCCAUGAACACUCUCUCUCACCCAGUAAAUUACUACUUGACCCCAGAGUGGGUGGAGGGGUG